CAUCAUUUAGAGUGAUAAUCUUGGAGCCCAACACUUCCAAAAUCUUCGUCUUCAAUCACCCUUUUCUUUCCCAUUUAUAAAUAAACUUGUUAUUUCUCUUCGUAUCUUUCAGUUCUAAAGUGAAUUCGACUUUUUAGUGGGUUUUAUCUUCUUCAGCAUGAGAACAGAGGACGGGAAAGGCGCGUAUUCGGAGAACAAUUCCGAUACCGAGAGCAUUUCCAGUGACAGAACCGCUUUCAGUGGCCCUCUUGGCGCAGCUAUUCACAACAACAAACGAGCGUCGAAGAAAAGCGCGAGGUUCAAUCUUUCUCCAGAGAUAAUAAACGCUUCAAAUCCAGAAGCUUCCAGCAGUAAUCCUGCUGCUGAAGAUGAAAACUACGUUGAGAUUACUCUCGACAUUCACAACGAUUCGGUUGCAGUGCAUAGCGUGCACCAUGCUAGCGGCGGAGCAGCUCUGCACGAGGAUCCGGAGCUGUCUUUGUUGGCGAAGAAGACGUUGGAAAAAAAAUCGUCUUCUGUUCGUUCUUCCUUGUUUCGCAGUACGUCGUCGCAUCUUAGACAGGUUUCACAGGAGCUAAAACGCCUCACUUCGUUUACUAAACGAUCCAGCAGGCGGUUUGAUCGCACAAAAUCAGCUGCUCAACGCGCCUUAAAAGGCCUCAAGUUCAUCACUGCCAAAACUGGAGCUUCCGGAAAUGGAUGGCCGGCCGUCGAGAAGCGAUUCGACGACCUCACCGCCUCCACAAACGGCAUGCUUCAGAGCCCCAUGUUCGGCGAGUGUAUAGGCAUGAAUUCGAAGGAGUUUGCAGGAGAAUUAUUUAAGGCGCUGGCGAGGAAGCAUAAUAUAACUGGGGAUUCCAUUACAAAGGCACAACUAAAACUCUUUUGGGAUCAAAUUUCUAAUGAAAGCUUUGAUUCCAGGCUGCAGACUUUCUUUGACAUGGUUGAUAAGGAUCAUGAUGGAAGAAUCACAGAAGAAGAAGUCAAAGAGAUCAUAACUCUUAGUGCUUCUGCAAACAAGCUGUCAAAUGUUCAGAAGCAAGCAGAGGAAUAUGCAGCUUUGAUUAUGGAAGAAUUAGACCCUGAUAAUGCUGGAUACAUUAUGGUUCAUAACCUGGAAACACUGCUCUUGCAAGCACCAAAUCAAUCUGUGAGUGUUGGAGAUAGUAGAAUUCUGAGUCAAUUACUGAGCCAGAAGUUGCAGCCUACACAAGAAAACAACAUUGUGACAAGAAAUUAUGAGCAAAUGAAGUACUUUUUUAUUGAUAAUUGGCAAAGAAUCUGGAUUAUGAUGCUGUGGCUGGGGAUUUGUUCGGGUUUAUUUGCAUAUAAGUUCAUUCAAUAUCGACGCAGAGCUGCAUACGAUGUGAUGGGGUACUGUGUUUGCGUGGCCAAAGGAGGAGCGGAAACACUAAAAUUCAACAUGGCUUUGAUACUGCUACCAGUUUGCCGCAACACCAUAACUUGGGUUAGAAACAAGACUAAAUUAGGCCUGGUGGUCCCCUUUGAUGACAAUUUGAAUUUUCAUAAGGUGAUUGCUGUUGGAGUUGCAAUUGGAGUAAUUCUUCACGCUGGAGCUCAUUUGACUUGUGAUUUUCCAAGGAUUCUUCAUGCAUCAGAAGAGAAAUAUGAGCCUUUGGAGAAAUUUUUUGGGGAUCAACCAACAAGUUAUUGGUGGUUUGUUAAGGGAGUUGAAGGGAUAACAGGAGUUAUAAUGGUGGUGUUGAUGGCCAUAGCUUUUACCCUCGCCACCCCUUGGUUUCGACGCAACAAGCUCAACCUCCCUAAACCCCUAAAAAAACUCACCGGUUUCAAUGCUUUCUGGUACUCGCACCAUCUCUUCGUCAUCGUUUACACUCUCCUUAUCGUUCACGGAAUUCGUCUCUAUCUCAAUAGAACAUGGUAUCACAAAACAACAUGGAUGUAUCUGGCCGUGCCGGUUCUUCUUUAUGGCUGUGAGAGGCUGAUUAGAGCUUUUAGAUCAAGCAUAAAGCCAGUUAAGUUUCUAAAGGUUGCCGUUUACCCUGGAAAUGUAUUGGCAUUGCACAUGUCGAAACCUCACGGCUUCAGGUACAAGAGUGGACAAUACAUGUUUGUCAAUUGCGCAGCUGUCUCUCCUUUCGAGUGGCACCCAUUUUCUAUCACUUCAGCCCCCGGAGAUGACUAUCUUAGUGUUCACAUCCGAACUGUUGGCGACUGGACUCGACAACUCAGGACUGUUUUCUCUCAGGUUUGUCAGCCACCACCCGCUGGAAAAAGUGGACUUCUUAGAGCCGAUUUCAUGCAAGGAGGAAGCAACCCAAGCUUUCCGAAGAUUCUGAUAGAUGGUCCAUAUGGGGCACCAGCACAAGACUACAAACAAUAUGAUGUGUUGCUACUAGUGGGAUUAGGGAUUGGAGCAACACCCAUGAUCAGUAUUGUUAAAGACAUUAUUAAAAAUUUGCAUUCGGAUGAGGAUUUAGAUGUCGAAAGUGGGAGAUCAUGGCAUAGCAAAGAAUCCUUCAAAACACAGAAAGCAUAUUUUUACUGGGUGACGCGCGAACAGGGUUCAUUCGACUGGUUUAAAGGAAUAAUGAACGAAGUGGCGGAGAUGGAUGAGAAGCAUGUAAUAGAAUUACAUAACUAUUGCACCAGUGUGUAUGAAGAAGGAGAUGCAAGAUCAGCUUUGAUAGCAAUGCUUCAAUCUUUGCAACAUGCUAAGAAUGGUGUGGAUGUGGUCUCAGGAACAAGAGUUAAAUCCCAUUUUGCAAAGCCUAAUUGGAGACAAGUUUACAAGAGCAUUGCUCUUCAUCACCCUGAUUCUAGAAUUGGAGUUUUCUAUUGUGGACCACCAGCACUAACAAAGGAGCUAAAGCAUUUGGCUUCGGACUUUUCCCACAAGACAUCCACUAAGUUUGAUUUUCAUAAAGAGAACUUUUAAACAAAUUAACGGGAGGAUAAUGGAGAUGGAGAAGAUGAAAUUGAGAUUGGAGAUAAUAAUUUUUUAACGCCUUGUAAUCACCAAAAAUUUCAUCACGCAAUUGCGAAGAGCCAUGUAGUGUAUCUUAUAAUUUUUUUAGUUUUAUUUAUAAUUUAAUUUAGUCCAAGCACAUGUCUUAAUGGGGCAUCACCUUUUUAAUAAUGAAAGAGAUAACCUUUGUAAUCUUUCUGAAAAUUACAAUUAAUCAUGUUCAAUAA